CAAUGUUAGUUUCAAAACGAUGGUGAAGAUGUGGAGUUCUCCUUGCGUUGCAGCCGGGUUGCUGCUCUUAUUCGGUCUGAAUUUGGUCUUUCUGCUGCCAGAAACCAACUAUUGUCAUUUAAAAAACUGUCCAGCGGAUAAAAAACUGCCACAUAUUGGCUGCAAUAGCAGUGGGAACUGGUCGCCUAAAUGCGGAAAAGAGCCAACAAUCAUUUCAAUACCCAAGCAUAUAAGAUUGUUCAUUCUGAACUAUCACAACACAUAUCGCGAUAUUGUUGCCGGGGGCCAAUUACACAGGCUGCCCAUUGCAGCCCGUAUGCUUAAGUUGAAGUGGGACCACGACUUGGCUUUCUUGGCUACACUCUUGUUAAAACGCUGCGAUCUUCAACCCACAGACCACUGCAUAUCCACAGAAGAGUUCUCGUCUCCGGGCUACCAUGCGGUAUAUAACAAGUUUAAGGCGAACCAGGAUACAUUCAGGAUAGUUCGAUCGCAAUUGAAUGCGUGGUACGAUCAGUACAAGCACGUUUCUGCAGUCAGUCUAAUUAAUGGACUGUCCCCGGAUAAGAAGGAGGUUGGGCACUUCCGAAGGAUGAUGGUGGGCCCCAGUAGCCGAUUGGGUUGUGCCAUAGCAAGAAUCGAAAAAGACGGAUGGACUCACCAAUGGCUAGCCUGCAUGUAUAGCUGUUCACCCAAGAAGAACUCGCUUCUAUACGAGUCUUCCGGAAAACCUGGAAUACACUGCGCCACUGGGAUUAAUGGCAAAUUUCAACAUCUAUGCAAUGACAAGGAACCUGUGACAGAUUGCAUGCAUUCUGAUAUAUUUAAGACAGUAGUUACUAAAGACACUGCCUCUUUGAUCAAGGACAUGAUGAAUAGAGAAAUGCAACCCAGAACUUUUGGGUGGCUAUGGAAUUGGAAAAAAAAAAUUUGGGGCUGGGUGAAAAGUAUCUGGAAUAAAAUUAUAAGUGGUAGCGGUGGUGGUGGUGGUGGUGGUGGUGGUGGCUUUGGCGGCGGCGGUGGUGAUGGAGGCGGUGGUGGAGGAGGUGGCGAAGGCGGCGAUGACGGUGGUGGUGGAGGCGGAGAUUAUGGAGGAGGUGAAUAA